CUUUCGCUGGCUGAAGAACCCUCCCCCUCUCUACUGACACUACAGAAUUAUCAGCGGGAGUGCUGUGUGACAGUAGCCGGGAUUCGAGCACUGUCUUGCAGACACUUUCCCCAAGAAGGCUCCGUCAUCUCCGGGCUGGAUAUGUUCACAUUUACGUCAAGAUGGAUUUAGUUUUCGGUCUGUGGUGGCUGCUCAUGGUGUGCCUGGAAGGCAUUUGUUGCCGAGGAGUGUACGCUCCACCUAGUGUCCGCAUUGUGCACUCCGGGCAGGCAUGCAACAUCGAGGAAGAACGAUACACAGAGCGAGUGUACACCAUAAAAGAAGGAGAGACUCUGGAAUUAACAUGCCUUGUAACUGGCCACCCACGGCCACAGAUCAGGUGGACUAAAACAGCAGGAAGUGCCUCCGACCGGUUCCAGGACUCGAGCGUCUUCAACGAGACCCUGCGGAUCAGCAAGAUCCAGCGGCACCAGGGGGGCCGCUAUUACUGCAAGGCAGAGAAUGGCCUGGGCUCGCCCGCCAUCAAGUCUAUCCGCGUGGACGUCUAUUAUCUGGAUGACCCCUCUGUGACAGUGCACCAGAGUAUCGGGGAGGCGAAGGAGCAGUUUUACUACGAGCGGACCGUGUUCCUGCGAUGCGUGGCCAACUCCAACCCCCCAGUGCGGUACAGCUGGCGCCGCGGCCGGGAUGUCCUGUCCCAGGGCUCUGACAAGGGAGUGGAGAUCUAUGAGCCCUUCUUCACCCAGGGUGAAACCAAAAUCUUAAAGCUGAAGAAUCUUCGACCGCAGGAUUACGCAAACUACAGCUGCAUUGCUUCGGUCCGAAACGUGUGCAGCAUCCCUGACAAGAUGGUCGUCUUCAGGCUUUCAAACAAAACAGCAUCUCCUUCGAUCAAGUUGCUGGUGGAAGACCCCAUUGUAGUGAACCCAGGGGAGACGGUGACCCUGGUCUGUAUAACGUCAGGAGGGGAGCCCACUCCCACAUUGACCUGGGUCAGAGGCACCGAGACCCUGCCUCAGAAAAGCGUGUUGAACAGGGGAACUUUAACCUUACCAGCGAUUACCUCUGAAGAUGCCGGGAUUUACAGCUGUGUGGCGAACAACAACGUGGGCAACCCUGCUAAGAAAUCCACCACCAUCAUCGUUAGAGCUCUGAAGAAGGGCCGGUUCUGGAUCACCCCUGACCCAUACCACAAUGACGACAACAUCCAGAUCGGCCGCGAGGUGAAGAUUUCCUGCCAGGUGGAGGCCACUCCCCCGGAGGAGCUGGCGUUCAGCUGGCUGAAGAACGGGCGGCCGCUGCGCAGCUCCGAGAGGAUGGUCAUCACGCAGACCGACCCCGACGCAUCCCCGGGCACCACCAACCUGGACAUCAUCGACCUCAAGUUCACCGACUUCGGCACCUACACCUGCAUGGCGUCGCUGAAAGGGGGAGGCAUAGCGGACAUCAGCAUCGAUGUGAACAUCUCCUCCACCACCGUCCCUCCGAAACUCUCGAUCCCCAGUGGGAAGUCCCCCCUGGUCACCCGGGAGGGGGACACGGUGGAGCUGCAGUGCCAGGUGACCGGGAAGCCCAAGCCCAUCAUCCUGUGGUCGCGCGUGGACAAGGAGGCUCCCAUGCCGGACGGCAGCAUGGAGACAGAGAGCUACGACGGGAUCCUGCGGAUUGUGAACGUCUCCCGGGAAAUGACCGGAUCCUACCGGUGCCAAACCAGCCAGUACAACGGAUUCAACGUCAAGCCCAGGGAGACGGUGGUGGAGCUGAUUGUGCAGUAUCCACCCACCGUGGAACCCAUGUUCACAGAGAUGCGGCAAGGCCUGGGUCGCAACAUAGUGAUGAACUGCAGGGUGCUGCGGGCCUACCCGUCCCGGGUCCUCUCCUACGAGUGGAGGCUGGCCGGCAGGGUCCUGCGCACGGGCCACUUUGAUUCCCAGGACUCCACAGAGUACAGCGUGAGCAGCCUGGCGCGCGAGGGAUACGGGGUCUACAACUGCAGUAUAAUGAACGAGGCCGGUACGGGGAGGUGCAGUUUCCUCGUCACAGGCCAGGCCUACGCGCCCGAGUUCUACUAUGACACCUACAACCCACUGUGGCAGAACCGGCUCCGUGUCUACUCAUACAGCCUGCAGUGGACCCAGAUGAACCCCAAUGCAGUGGACCGCAUUCUUGCAUAUCGCUUGGGCAUUAGGCAGGCUGGUCAGCAGCGCUGGUGGGAGCAGGAGAUCCCAGUGAAUGGGAUGAUCCAGAAGGGGGAGCUGAUCACCUACAACUUGUCCGAACUGAUCAAGCCAGAGGCGUACGAGGUGCGCCUGACCCCCAUCACCAAGUUCGGAGAGGGAGACUCCACAAUCCGAAUGAUCAAAUACAGCGCUCCAAUGAAUCCCCACUUAAGGAACUUCCACUGUGGAUUUGAAGAGGACCCCAUCUGCAUGUUCACGCAGGAAAAGUCGGAUAAUUUUGAUUGGACUCGUCAAAGUGCUUCAACCAGAGACACAAAGUAUACGCCUAACACAGGACCCACCACCGACAGAAGUGGGUCCAAACAGGGCUUCUACAUGUACAUAGAGACUUCCCGGCCCAGACUGGAAGGUGAAAAGGCACGCCUGAUGUCCCCUACCUUCAACAUCGCCCCCAAAAACCCCUACGGAGCCAUUAACUCAGCCUACUGCUUCAGCUUCUACUACCACAUGUACGGAAAGCACAUAGGUACUUUGAAUGCAUAUCUACGUCUGAAAGGCCAGACAACAGUAGACAGCCCUGUGUGGUCGCUGAGUGGGAACCAAGGCGAGCACUGGAGACUGGCCACUGCGAAUAUCCACCCCAACACCUCCUUUCAGAUAAUCUUUGAAGGCAUUCGAGGUCCUGGUAUAGAAGGAGACAUUGCCAUAGAUGAUGUGUCUGUCAUGGAAGGGGAGUGUAUGAAAGCAGAUGAGCCAAACGUCGCUGGGAUAUCUGCCUGCUCUUCUGGUGGAUCGCAUAUAUGGCAGCUACCAGUCGCCCUGCUCCUGGCUUUGUAUAGCCAUCGAAGGUGACCUUUCACAGGCAGAGGCUACAGAAAGAUUCAUCAGGCAUUGGCAUGACGAAGGAGUCUUUGUACUUGGACCUUCAUAAUAAAAUUACCAAAGAUUCAUCCGCUGAACUGCUGAGGGGAACAGAAAAGCACCUAGGGUACCCGAGAGAGCAAAAACAAACAAAUAAACAAACAGAAAGGAAGAAUAAAAAAUAAAAAAGCCACUUAUUUUUUAAUAAAAUAUAUGCAUAAGAUGCUCCUAAGGGCAGAAUGGAGAGCUGUUUAUGUGAUGUUUUGGGUGUUUCUGAAAUAAUGGCUGGGCAAGUCUGGAUUGUUUUUAUAUCAAGGAGAGAGACUGAUAAAGACUGGAAAUUCUAGUAAAGCACAAAGACAUGGCUGUUUUGUUUUGUUUUGUUCCAUCAUGUCAAAGUCACUUGUUGCCAAGAAAUCAAUUGGAUUGCUGAUAAAAAACAGGGUACAGAAAGUGUUAUCAAUUACUCUCCUAUGCCAAGGCAUUGUCAAGAAUGAAUGCAUUCCGCUCGCACAUCUGUGGCUGUCGGAGCCUAGCUGACAAUAUCCAAUACUCCAAGAUUUUGUGUAGCAUUCUGUUCCUUCUUUAUUUGUACCCCCAUGCAACCUACAAUGACUCACCACUGACAACCCCAAAAACCCUUGCCUUUCACUGUCAGCAUAGCUUCACAAAAAAAAAAAAAAAAAAAGAUAGUGUCUUCUGCCACUUCUGCAUGAUUGGCUGUCCAUUGUACCCCAAAACUGGGCACACAUUAUUUUAUUGGAAAUAAAAUUGAAAUUUGCUUGUGUGUUGUGGAACAGGGGGUGUCUGUUUUACAUCAUUAACACUUCCCUGCUACCAGUCCUACAUCCACCACAGGAAUGUGAGCCACCAUCUGCCAUGAACCAAGUGCCUUUAAAUUUUAAAUAAGCCUGAAAAUAAAAUAAAAGUACAUAUAAAGAUAAAUAUUUGCACCACUACUGGUGGGGCUAUUUUGUACAAAAUCCACAGCCUACCUGUGCUGUAUAAAGGUAGUAAUAAUAAUAAAAAAAGAUUAAUGACCCAGAGCAGUCCCUUCAUAGCUUCUGAAGAAAAUAAAUGAAAAUGCUACCUAAGUCCUCCUGGAUGGGAUAUUUGUUAUAGUCUUCAAGGCAGCCAUGGCCUUUGAGCAUGCAAUCCUCUUUGAAUUAAAAAAAGAAGGAAAAAAAAAUAGUUGCGCACCGAGACUGUAAAUUGGAAGCGGCGUUUUGAGCAAGCGUUACCUAGCAUGAGCAGAAUGACCGGUGCAAAGGUCUCUGGAGAGGCGAACGCAACAAAGCAGAGCAAAGCCUGUGAUUGAUGCCCUUAUUUAGAGGAGUAAUCUCCAUUCCACAUUGAAUCAGCCCUAGGUGUGCAAAAAAAAAGGAAGGAAGGAAGGAAAAUAUGCCCUUAAAAUCCAGUCUGGAACUGCAGUGCAAUGGGAAAGCAUUUCAGCGGCCGGACUGAUCGGAGCGAGGUGCGGUCCUGAGGCUGAGGAUUGGGAAGGAUGACUUGUGGGCUCCUUGCCUCUGCCCGUUUUUGUCAAAACUUUCUGAACAAAAUGAAAACAAAACAAAAAUAUUUUAUUACCUUAGCUGGAGUGUAAUAUUACUUUUACACAAAAUGAAGAAACUGUAAAGAAUGACUUGGAGCUCCCUGAGACUAUACAAUACCUUGACCAGCUGGUUUUAGAAAUGUGUUGUGAAUCUCCCUUUUAUCCUUGAUUAUAAUGACAUUUAAAGACUUUUCUUUUUUUUAAUUUGGCUUAAAUUAUCUGACCUUUUAACUUCAUAUAACAGACUUUAAUUUCGUUUUCUUUCAGGAAGAUGUACUUGCCCUUUUUGACUCCCUUGCAUUUAAAACAGAAACAGAAAAACUGAUAUGCAAAUAAAUGGGUAAAUCAAUAAUUUAAAAAUAAGUUCUAUAGGUAACCUUUGUGACUAUUCGUACAAAAAAAGCACAAGAUGUAAUAAUAAUAAAAAUCAUAAUGCCGAGGCUU